CCUGGUACCGCCACCUCUGUUUUCUUUUUCUGAAGUCACAUUUGACGAGGUUCGCGAUGUAAUAGAUAAUCUCAAAAAUAAAAACAGUAAAGAUAUUUUUGGUUUCAAUUUAAAAAUUGUAAAAUGUAUAAAGAACAUAAUUUUGAUCCCUUUAACACGACUGAUUAAUAUUUGUCUUAGAGAAAAUAUUAUUCCAACUGUUCUAAAGAGAGCUAGUGUCACACCUAUUUUUAAGAACGGCAAUGUUGAUUCACCAGAGAACUACAGACCUAUAUCCCUUCUUCCAGUUAUUUCUAAGAUCUUUGAAAAAUGUAUGGCUUUGAGACUCGUAACCUUUUUUGAGGCAAAUGAAUUGUUUUCACAAUAUCAGUUUGAUUUUCGCCAGGGUAAGAGCACUGUUAUGGGUGUACUUAACCUGAUUUCUUCUAUAAUUGAUGCUUUCCAUGGAGGAGGGUAUAACACGGUUCUUUUCUGUGAUCUUAGUAGGGCAUUGUGUGAGCCAUGACAUCCUUUUAAAAAAGCUCCAUGCCUACUACAACUUUAGUUAUGAUUCCGUUAAACUAAUUGAGUCUUACCUUAGUAAUAGAACUCAGGUGGUGAGAUGUGAUGGAGUGACAUCAGCGGAGCGAAGUGUUAAUAUUGGCGUCCCACAGCUCCAUCUUGGGCCCAAUUCUUUAUUUAAUUUACAUACCUCUCAAUAACAAUAUGGCAAACUUUACUCUCUUCGCGGAUGGUACGACGGUCUCUCACACCGCUAACAGUUUUGAGCGCUCAAUGGCACAGUCUCUGGCUGCGCAGGAUGAGGCUGAGCUGUGGUUUUGCUCCAAUAAGCUGUUGCUAAAUAAAGAUAAGACAAAGAUAAUGGUAUUCUCCAUGCGAGGCCUGCCUGGAGACAGUGAUUUGGUUGGUGAAGCCAAGUUUCUGGGGGUUACUUUGGAUCGAAGAUUGCAAUGGGUCCUUCACAUUGACAGUGUUGCUGGAAAGGCCACCAAAGGUAUAUAUGUGUUACGGAGUCUGUCUUCUUGUGUUUCUGUAGCCAUAUUUAAAAUGGCUUACUUUGCCGUUUGCCAUUCACAUAUAUCCUACGCCAUUCCGGCUUGGGGGCAUUCUUCAGGGGUCCAUAGACUAUUCGCCUUGCAAAGAAGAGCAGUUAGGGUUGUGAGCCGUUUGGGCUACAGGGACGAUUGCAGAGAUACCUUUGUCAAGUUGGGAAUCCUUACUGAGCCUUGUUUAUAUAUUUUUGAAAAUCUACUAUUCGUUAAAAGAAACUCUAACUAUGUAACUCAUGGGGACGUCCAUGAGCACAAUACUACGCAUAAGAACAAUCUAGUACCUCCUUAUUGGCGACUGAGAAGGUGUCAAGAUGGACCUGGUUAUUGGGCGGUCAAAUUUUUUGAUGUACUUCCAGAGGGCUUAAAAUCGCUUCCGUUUAAAGAUUUGAAAGUUUAAAUCAAAAUUCAUUCUUAUUAAUAACUCAUUUUACACGUUUGAAGAGUUUAUAAGACAUACAUUUUAGCUAUAAAUCUUAAUAUGUUAUGUUAGCGUUAUAUCUUUAUGAGUGCUGGUGUACUUGUUUGUAAUUUUUUAUGAUCAUUAGCACUUCCUUUGUUUUAAUUCUAAUGCAAUUCUCAUUUGAUCUACUGACUAUGUAAACAUAUUUUAUGUAUUGUGACAUGAAUAAAGAAUU